AUGGCUGGGUCCAUCGACGACCCCUGGGAACGCCGGCGCCGCUCCGUGAACUCACCCUCAGAUCGGACCCAUGAACGCCAACGACGAGAUUCGCCUCAAGACGCCCACUAUUCGAGCUCAAGACGACGCGAUGAAGACCGCCGGAGCUCUCGCCGGGACAGCCCUCGACGGAGGUCAUCCCGCAGUCCAGCUGAAAGGGCCAGCGGCCGAAGUGAUCGUGAUCGACCUCGCCGUGAGCGCAGAGAGCGCUCAACAAGCUCAGCGAGAGAAGACCGCCGCAGACACAGACACCGCAGCCAUCGGCACCGUGAUAGCCGCCACGAAGAUGAAGGACGGCCAUCUCGGAGACAUCGUGCUACGCGAUCACGCUCUCGCUCACCACAGAAAUCACGUAGCCCUCCACCACGAGCAUUGGAACGACGUGGCCCCCUCCCCUCGCAGAACGACGCAUUUACCGAUGUGGCGCCCCCUUCAGAUGCACCGGUGCCAGAAAAACAGAAGCCGAAUUUCAGCGCCACUGGCAGACUCGCAGCUGAAAGCAAUACAAUUCAAAUUCAGGGCGGUGCGGAAAUAGUUUUGAAAUACCAUGAGCCCCCAGAGGCGCGCAAGCCGCCCCCCAAGGAAGCCUGGCGCAUGUAUGUGUUCAAAGGGCAAGACUUGCUGGAAACGGUUGAAUUGAGUGAACGAAGUUGCUGGCUGGUCGGUCGCGAGCGACUGGUGGUCGACUUCCCACUCGACCAUCCCAGCUGCUCGAAGCAACAUGCAGUGCUACAAUUCCGAUUUGUUGAAAAGCGCAAUGAAUACGGCGAUCGCAUCGGCAAGGUCAAGCCUUAUCUUAUUGAUCUUGAGAGUGCAAAUGGAUCGAGCGUUAACGGAGAGACCAUCCCCGGUGGUCGCUACGUGGAAGUCAUGGACAAGGACGUAAUUCGCUUCGGCCUGAGUUCGCGCGAAUACGUUCUUAUGCUGCCUCCCAGCUGA